GCGGCGAAAAUCAAUAUGGCGUAAAAUAAAAUUUAAAUACACGAUAGACACAAGACAAUAAUAAUAAAAAUUAUCAACAAGUGAAAGGAGAGUAAAAAAACUUGUUCUUGAACACAAAUUACACAAUCCCACUUUUUAUCUCAGAAUAGUCCAGUAAACUCAGCAGUUUUCAGUCUACAAUCUCCAAUUAUAUAAAAAUAUAUUAAAAAAUGUCUUCAAAUGUACUUGGACGUGUAUUUAUUUACGGAGGUAAAGGAGCACUUGGAUCAGUAUGCGUUAAUAAAUUUAAAUCAAAUAAUUGGUGGGUCGGAAAUAUUGACAUGAAAGAAAAUGAAUCAGCAGACGCAAACAUUGUAGUGAAUGGUAGCAGCAGCUGGCAGGAGCAAGAGACAAAUAUUCUUAAGCAGGUCAAAGAAAUUCUUCAGGACGAUAAAUUAGACGGAAUAAUUUGCGUGGCUGGUGGAUGGGCUGGUGGCAAUGCGGCUCACAAGGAUUUUAUUUCAAAUACUGAGCUGAUGUGGCGGCAAAGUGUAUGGAGUUCAACGAUAGCUGCUAGUAUUGCUGCUCAUCAUUUGAAAGAAGGAGGAUUUUUAUCACUGACUGGUGCUAAAGCUGCACUUGAUGCCACACCUGGUAUGAUUGGCUACGGAAUGGCCAAAGCUGCUGUUCAUCAGCUCACUAAAUCACUGGCUGCUGAUGGUUCUGGAUUGCCAAGUAGUGCUACGGUUGUCUCAAUACUGCCCGUUACUUUGGACACUCCGAUGAAUCGCAAGUGGAUGCCUAAAGCUGACACCAGUACCUGGACUCCGUUGGAAUUUAUUUCUGAACUUUUCUGGCAAUGGAGUAACAAAAAAAAUCUUCCAAAAACUGGCAGUCUGGUGCAAUUAAUUACCACUGACAAUAAAACUCAAGUCAUUGAGGAAUAAUUUUAUCCUUACCAUGAUUCUGAUACUUUUGUUUUUUUAUUUUAAAGGUACGUACAUUCCUUGGCAAAAUAAAUAAAUAUAUAUCUGCUGUUAUAAAUAUAUAUAAAAAAUAAAAUAAUGACAAUAAUUAUUU